AUGGACCAUUCAACCGACGAGGCCAACGCAUAUUACAGCGAUGUCUCCGAUGUCGGCCAGCCAGACAAUAACCAUUAUUCAGCUAAACGGUGUGUAAUGCCAUGGUGUGGCUAUUGCGGAUAUGAAUUUAAGACUGGCGACCGUCUUCGGGUUUGGCAUAAACAGGACGAUCUCUUCAUCGUCACUAGGCUUUCUCUCGACGUAAAAUAUAAACCCUCAUGGGAGAUUGAACAGAAACUAUCUCCUGGAGCUGAGGGAUCUUGCCAAAAGCUGGCAUUUUGUGCCUGUGGCCUCUCCGCAAUUUCGCGAUGCAAGUAUUGGUACGACGCUUGUCGGCCAGCAUGCCAUGAAGUAUGCCAUGACCUGAGAAAGGCAACCCAAUACGACUACCCCACGCUAUUUGAUUUUUCUGAGGUCAGGUGGCCUUCGUUUAAGCCCGUUAGAUCCGACAGUUCACGCAGAUGUGCGUUCAUGGAAGAUGAUCUUGUGUCGGUGCUCGGUGGAUCUAUUCCUAAUCUGCCCCGAGAAACACUCAAUCAAAUUGCCGAGUACAAUUUGUACGAGCAUGCCAUCACCCAUCUAGUGACAUCAAUGGGAAACCAGCUGCCGAAGUUUAUUACCCUUGACUUAAGAAAAAAUGUCUGGGUGGAAUACAUUGACUUCGAGGGUCAGAGAUACACCCGAGCACUCUUCAAUGAAACUGACGAAGCUUUUACGACAAUACCUAGUGAGAACAAGGAACUCAUUUUAGAUGCAAACGUGGAUCAUAUUGGAGACACAAUAUUUAUCGAAAUGGCCCCCCUUGGAGUCAGAAGAGUCAUCUUUCCUACCGACUCUCCUAUGCCAGCGAUGGAAGAAGAGCCUGAUAUAUGGUGGAAAGUAAUGCGGUUCCAGGAUGAACCUGCCAUUACAACAGCUACGGAUGGUGUUAAGCUACGCGAACUCAUGUUUCAAUCCGAGCGGAGGGAUGAGAAUUCAGCUUCGAUUCGGGAUGUUUUAUGGCCAACACCAAGCAGUCACCGUCUCUACAAGCUUGUAUCUGAUAUUGCCCAAGAAAGCAGCUUAUAUUCAGAUACUGCCCUACGUCAAAGAUCUCGGCGAAUGGACUCAGUGUGGCUGAAUAGCGCUGGUAUCUAUGGGCUCUCACUCGCUAUUUAUAAUGCUACAGUGAGCCGCCCAAUCAUAACUAUCCAUGUCCACCAUCCAGGUGAAGAUUUCAUCUUCUAUCGAGAGGUAGAGAGAAAGGUAGAAGGUAAUGUAUCAUGGCUCUAUAUCCCGCUGGGCUCAGAUGAGGUUAUUACGGAGAUUUGGGCAAAAAACGCCAAUGAGGACCUUCCCAUAUCGAAGUUUUAUGAUGAAGAACUGGGAAGAUGGGCUCCGGACCUAGCUAAUCUGACAUCUUGCGAGUAUUGGGAGCUUCUUCUCACAACGAGUAAAGGUCAUGUCCAUCAAAUCGGAUCAGCUCGAGAUAGCCCAAACCAAACGUGGACAUCGCUCCAUAACUCUAUGAAUGGCCUGAAACGGAUCUUUUUUGAAAACACGGAUGAUACACGAUACGGCUCUUGGAGUAUCGGUUUUUCCGAUGAGGAUUCUCAUCAUGAACCGCUAAGAACUUCUCAACUGCCUAGUGUGCUUCAAAAUCAUCAAACAGUCUUACUGCCUCAUACUUCACAUGAGACAUCAAUCAAUUGCUCUGGUGCAUCGCUUGACAAGGUCACUGAAGUGACGCCUUGCCUAAGAAAGCCCAAUAGAUUCUCCACUGUUACAAAGACGUGCGUCUCAGGGCUUUUGCUACGAUAUCAGGAUGGACACGUGGAGAGAGUGGGAGAAGCGCGUCUUGACUCUGUCAGAGCAAGUCAAAAGGUCCUUGACCCUACACAAGUCCUGCGUUUUACAGUCCAGGAGGAAGUGGUCAAAUCUUGCACUGUUAGCGCAACUGAAGAAGAUGAUGGCUCAGACACUGAAUACAUUGAUAUUCCGCUGCGUGGGAUGCUUGAGUGGUGCUUCGAUGCCGAGCAGGCAUGGAUUAGUCACGACGGAUGCCAGAUUUUCCCAAAUCCAAAAUAG